AUGAGCAAGGGGAUACUCCCAUGCUUUUGGUGCGCACCAACUGACAACGACAAAGGAGGUUUCUUCACCAAGCCAUAUGCUUCGCGAUGGAGAGAAGCCUUCCUCGACAACGUCACGUUCCACAGCAGCCAGUUCUCCGUCAAGGAAUCGCUGGACAACACCGUGGAGUUCUCCACCGUCUACUACGGUGUUCCCGGGCACUUACCGAAGCCUGAUGACGAAGCCUCCGAGUCCAUUCUCUUCCGGGUGAAGAUGGUCUGCCGGAUUCACGAGUCAGGCGAUGUGGUUCUCGACUACGAGGUGAACCCCAGGAGCGACCUCCCUCCCCUUCCACGGGUGGGCGUCGUGUUCAGCGCCGAGAGGUCCCUGAGCCACGUCACGCGGUACGGGCGUGGGCCCUUCGAGUGCUACCCGGACCACAAGGCGUCGGCGUGUACGAGAGCAGAGUGGAGGAGCUACAUGUGCCGUACAUUGCCCCCGUGGAGUGCGGCGGGCGGGCCGACGUCAGGUGGGUGGCGCUCCGCGACGCCGGCGGGCUCGGACUGUCUCAGCUUCCCAGCUGAUGGUGCCGUGCCGGAGGCCCGUGAAGAGAGAGGCCCGUCGAGCCUUGCGAAAGCGAAACAACAAUGA